GCUGCUCACAACUUCACGAGCUUCAAAUUCAUAUGUCAAUGAUGCAACACGGUUCGCAAGACCGCAUUGCCUCUGUGUUCCUCACUUGUGCCCUUCUGUGCUGGUAUCAAGCUGCUUCGUCCAGAGACCGGAAAUGCAGAGAUGCACACGUCCUGGCAAAGACGAAUCAUUGGAUGAAACAUUGUGAGAAGGCUGUUGGCGGUUUCCUGCAAACUGUGUAGAGUUUAGGCUAGUGAGCUGAGCUUGAGGGGUUGACCCGGGUUAUCGCCGCCAGUUUAUUGCUGAAGGUGGUGGUGAUUCUUAGACCAAGGUCUGAUUUCUACAGGAAGGGCUGCGUCUUCGGCGGGAUAUAGUCUGUUUUGAAGAUGAAUAAGCUCAACAAGGCCCAGAAAGAGAAGGUGCGCCAGUUCUGCGCAAUCGCCGAUGCCACGGAGAAGGCGUCCGUUGCGGCUCUGAAGGCUGCUGACUGGAACGUGGAAGCCGCAUUUGAGUUUUACUACAACCAGCCACACCCCUCCUCCCCUCAAGUUCGAACAGACCAGAGGCAGCUCGAAGCGCUCUACAGCCGGUACAAAGACCCGCACGCCGAUCAGAUCAGCGUUGAGGGCGUCUCGCAGUUCUGUGACGACUUGCAAGUGGAUCCGGGGGAUGUGGUCAUGCUUGUGAUUGCCUGGCACAUGGGAGCAGCGACGAUGUGCGAGUUUUCCAGAGACGAGUUCAUUUCUGGUCUGAAAAGCAUAGGGGUCGACUCGAUCAGCAAGCUCAGGCAACUGCUGCCCUCCUUGCGAGCCGAGAUGAAAGACGACAAUAAAUUCCGGGAAAUUUACAUGUUCACCUUCGACUGGGCGAAAGAAAAGGGUCAGAAGUCGUUGGCACUCGAAACGGCGCUGGGCAUGUGGAAGCUGCUGUACGCGCAAAAACCGUGGCCGCUGGUAGACCCCUGGUGCUCCUUUCUCCAGAAAAAGCAUAACAAGGCUAUCUCGAAGGACACGUGGUCGCAAGUAUUUGAAUUUGCGAAGUCAAUAGAUCCGUCGUUGUCAAAUUAUGAUUCGGAAGGGGCCUGGCCGUACCUCCUAGACGAGUUCGUUGACUGGUUGAAGGGGACAGGGCACGUGCAAGCGAUUGGGAUCUAGGACAGCAAUAUGGUAUCUCCUGUGCUUGACUACAUACUUGGCCUCUUAGCAGUAUUGGCUGGACCCAGAUCUGAGCGGAUCUUGGUUGGUAGACAUAUACCUUGUCAGCGUGCAAACCUGUAAAGAUGUCACCGCAAUGGCCUGUCACAUGUGCUUGAUCAAGGCCGUCUCAGUGAGUCUUUGCAACUACUAUCACAAAAGAUACUGUGCCGCCACUUUUACAUUUUUGCUAGCUCGGCACAUCAUUGAAGGAUGCACGACCUUGUAGAGUAGAUGUACCCCACAAUAGCACCCAAUGUUUGGAGCCACGUCAACCUCGUACUAAUUUGAGUCACCCACAUUUAGGUCCGCAUGCCCAGCGAGGUGAAAAGCCAGGAUCACAAAUAAUCAACUUGCA